CAUUGGAAUCGAGAAAUUGCACAAUGAAUAGAGAACUUUCGUGUUCUAAAUUAUGCUAUAAAAAGCCGCGUUUUCACAAUGGAUUCAAGUUACUCUAGCAAGCCUUAUGAGUGAAACAAGUGAUCUAGUGUUUAAAUAUAAUGAAAAAAGAAAUACAGCGCGAAGAGAUGAUGAAGUCUACUGGCGAAUUGUUUGGAAAAUUGGCGUUGGUUAGUCCAAACCAAAAACUGUACGAGAUGCAGAGAAAAAGUUUGAAACAACAAGUGGAUGAGGGCAGGGGAGAAGCUAUUGUCGAGAUUGGUGAUUUUGUUGACAGUGGUGGAGAAAAGGAAGCGGCAAUUGCAACUUUGCAGUCUCUGGCCGCCAGUUUGGAAUGCAGCUGUGUCUUCUUAAGCGAGCGGAAAGGUCGCCUGCAGUUUCACAUCAGAAGACUAAUGGAUCAAACUGAUUUCAUGGAAGUGCGCGUGGCCGUCGUUGGAAAUGUCGAUGCGGGAAAGUCUACCUUGCUGAGCGUUCUAACUCACGGACAGUUGGACAACGGCAGAGGUCUCGCACGUCAAAAGCUGUUCAGGCACAAACACGAAGCGGAAUCGGGACGGACAAGUUCCGUUGCAAUAGACAUUUUGGGUUUCGACGGUGAGGGAAAUGUUCUAAACCAACUUGAGCAUGGAACUUUGGACACUGCGAAAAUCUGCCAGAGAAGCGCCAAAGUGGUCAAAUUUAUUGAUCUGGCUGGACAUGAACGGUACUUGAAAACUACCGUGGUUGGAAUGACUGGUUAUGCUGCGGAUUUUGUAAUGCUAAUAAUGGGCGCAAAUGCUGGCAUGAUCGGCAUGGCCAAGGAGCACUUGGGACUAGCCUUAGCCCUUUCCGUUCCAAUAUUCGUAGUGGUUACGAAAAUCGACAUGACCCCGCCUAACGUUUUACAAGACAACAUGAAAAUGCUGGGGCGCAUUUUAAAAUCGGCCGGCUGUCGAAAGUUGCCGGUCUCUGUAAAAACACCAGACGAUGUCGUUAUGUGCGCUAGCAACUUUGUCUCCGGCAGGUUAUGCCCAAUAUUUCAAGUUUCAAAUGUUACGGGGGAGAAUUUGGACUUACUAAAAACAUUUCUGAAUCUAUUAAACACCAGGGUUGAAACUAAUUACGAAAAUGAUCCUGCGGAAUUUCAAAUUGACGAAAUCUUCUCAGUUCCAGGCGUGGGCACUGCCGUGGGUGGCACCGCGAUGAAAGGGGUGAUUCGAGUUAAUGACACUUUAGCAUUGGGACCAGAUCCACUAGGUCGUUUUCAAAACGUUUCCGUUAAAAGUAUCCAAAGGAACCGUUUGCCAGUUGAAGAGGUCCGCGCGGGGCAAACUGCAAGUUUCUCUUUGAAGAAGAUCAAAAAAUCGGAACUUCGUAAGGGGAUGGUGAUGGUUUCGCCCACAUUAAGUCCACAGGCAUGUUGGGAGUUUGACAGCGAGAUUUUGGUUUUACAUCACCCAACAACAAUAGGCAUACGUUAUCAAGUGAUGGUGCACUGUGGAAGUAUACGACAAACUGCCAAAAUUGUACACAUGUCGGAAGAGUGUCUUCGGACGGGAGACAAAGCUAUUGUACGUUUCCGUUUCAUUAAGCAACCAGAAUAUAUCGUACCUGGACAGAGAGUAGUUUUUCGCGAGGGUCGCACUAAAGCGGUGGGAAACGUUCUACGCACUAUCACCAUGGCAAAUUCCCCAUUGGACCAAAAUGAAAAAGUUACUGUUCAAAAGGGACCGGAAGGAAAAGAGAAUACUCGUCAGGACAAUAGGGAGCGAACAAAUGGUUAUAAUGGUAAAAACGGAAAGGGACGCCGUUUUCGUACAAAGCUAAAAAAACGUCAGAACAUUGAAUUUGCUCCUGAGGGUAAAUAAUUUCCGAUUCGACGGGACUAUUUUGAUCUUCAACAUACCAGAGCGGUUACUCUAGGGAAGCAAUUAGGGAUCUGCUCUAUAUUAUUGACGAAAAAUCGGAAAUGCGGCCAUUCAGUUGGACAAUUUCAAUAUUUUUAUUGCUAUGUGUUUGUGUAUUUAUUGUUGUUGUAUAAUUUAUAA